GACGUAGUUAGAGAGGGAAAACCGAAAAGAGACGUCGCGUUGAAAAACGUUUAAAAAAGAAGUAACGUCGGUUGGAAGUUUAGCUUAAACUAAACAGCUGUGAAGUGGACAACAGGCUUUAACAAGGCAAACAAAAAUGCAGAGGGCAUCCCGUUUGAAGCGUGAACUUCAGAUGCUGAGCACCGAGCCACCUCCCGGAAUAACAUGCUGGCAAACGGAGGAACGGAUAGACGACCUCCGGGCACAGAUAGUCGGGGGAACAGGAACUCCUUAUGAAGGUGGACUCUUCUCCUUGGAGGUCAAGGUUCCAGAGAGGUACCCAUUUGAGCCUCCCAAAAUACGAUUCUUGACCCCCAUCUAUCAUCCAAACAUUGACAAUUCAGGACGUAUCUGCCACGAUGCUCUCAAACUUCCCCCAAAGGGUGCCUGGAAGCCUUCCCUGAACAUCUCCACAGUCCUCUCCUCCAUUCAGCUGCUCAUGGCUGAGCCCAAUCCAGAUGACCCACUCAUGGCUGAUAUAUCAUCAGAGUUCAAAUACAACAAACAGCUGUUCAUGGAGAAGGCAAGAAAGUGGACACAAGAACAUGCUGUUCAGAAAAACACGGGGGUUGUAGAGGGCAACAAAGAAAAUACUCCAGAUCAGAAAACUUUAUCCCGCAAAAGAGAGGCUCUCAGUGCGCAGCAAGAAGCACAGGAGCCAGCAAAGAAAACCUGUAUGUAGUUUCCACCUCACUUUUUGGAGCCGCAUGUCCCUCUUCUUCAGAGCCACCAUGCCUUCGUUUUUCUUAGAGUGCUAAUACUUCUUUCCAUUUAUUGUGUAGAUAUUCCUCUUCUUAAUUUAGAAAUAUCUACAUAUUUAUAUGUAUAUGUUUAUGUUUGUGUUGUGAUAUUAAAGUUUAUUUUGAAGCA